AAUGAUUUGGAUCAAACAGCCUAAAUGCGAAGAAGGGCAUUCCUGCUGCCUCAAGGAAGCCGUUAAACUCCUGCUAAGCUAACUCUGUUUUUAUGCGUCUGUGCACAGGACCGAAUUCUUCCUUCACUGACCAAAGAUUAUUUCUGACAAUUCAGGAUCACUGGAAAGCUGGAGACAUAUGGCUGGAAAAUGAAACGACCCAGGACAUCGUUAUUUUGUGUCGCCUGCUACCAGAUGGGCAGUCCGUGAACGGCGCAGGGAUGCGAACCGACAGUUUUAUAAUGUAAAAACCGCCCCUCCCCCCAUAAAGCUAAAACAUUUCAUUUCUCCCUCUUUGGGUCUAAAGUACUUGCUUUUCCCUCCUCUCUGCAAUAUCAAUUAACUCAACUUUGCGGUGAGGUGGCCAAAAAGAAAGAGAAUGAGGCGAUCCUGAUAAUAUUAGCAGUGUCGGAGGAGCCGCAGCGGUCGGGGGACUGCGGCCCGUGACCGCCGCGUCCUGCGCGGAUUUCAGCGCUGAGACCGCGCUGGCGGUAAUGGAGCGGACGGUGCACUCCAUCCGCCGAGGAUAGAGACCCGGGCGCCGGGAGGGGUCUGCUGAUCUCGCGGCAGCCUUCGAGGCCGUGCCUGCCUCACCGCUGCGUUUUAUUACCAUUUUCACCGUUUUCCAGAAGUCAUGGAAGACAGCCUGCUGCCAGACCUCAGGGACAUCGAGCUGAAGCUGGGGCGCAAAGUACCCGAGAGCCUAGUGCGCUCGCUCCGUGGGGAGGAGGCGGUUCCCCUGGAAAAGAACAGGGACCCCUGCGGGGGGAGCAGCGGCGACGGCGACGGCGGCGGCGGCUGCAGUAGCAGCAGCAGCGCCUGCAGCUUCCCUCCCUCCCUGUCGUCCUCCUCGUCGUCCUCCCCAACCUCUGGCUCCCCACGACGUAGCCACUCCAGCGCCCUGGAGAGGCUGGAAACCAAGCUUCACCUCCUCAAGCAGGAGAUGGUUAACCUCAGAGCCACAGACGUCAGGCUCAUGCGCCAGUUGCUGGUUAUCAACGAGAGCAUCGAGUCCAUCAAGUGGAUGAUUGAAGAGAAAGCCACCAUCACCAGCAGAGGCAGCAGUCUCAGCGGCAGUUUGUGCAGCUUGCUGGAGAGUCAGAGCACCUCCUUACGCGGCAGCUACAGCAGCCUGCACGACGGCAGUGAUGGGCUGGAUGGCAUCUCUGUGGGAAGCUAUCUGGACACUUUGGCCGACGAUGUCCCAGGCCAUCAGACCCCAUCGGACUUGGACCAGUUCAGCGACAGUUCCAUAAUAGAGGACUCUCAGACCCUGCACAAGCGUCCCAAAUUGGACUCUGACUACUACUGCUUUGGCUGAUUACCCAGUUUUUUGCAUGGGACUGGUGUGCAAUUAACUUGUAUUUAUCCUUCUUCUCCGCUGCUAUAUUUUUGGUGUGAUUUUUUUUUUUAAAUAAGACAACCUUUCUAAAAGAAGCUUAUUUUGAAAUUGCUUAAUGGUGUUUCUGUUGCUCCUAAUACUUCUCAUGUGAACUGAUUUUGCUCUGUUACAUCUCUAUUUUUAUUUAUUAUGAUGAUUUUUCUCCCUUCUUUUACAAUGGCACAAAUAGAGUAGGGGGAAAAGAAUAAGCAAUAAUUAUGUCUUUGCUUUUGUUUUCAGAGCAAGGGGUCAGGGAUUACAAAACUACUUUGCUAAAAUUUUACAAUAAACCAAAGUCUGAUAACAGU